UCUUCCACUUCUCUCCUUUUUCCAUUUUCACUUCUCUUCCUUCUCUCUCUCUGCUCUGAAAUUUUCUUCCAUUUCUCUGAUCCUUUCAUUUUCUUCAUAUUUCUCUUUCUCUCUAACCCAUUUCUCUUUCACUCUCUUACUUUAUAGCCUUUCAUCCAUUCCUCUGCUCCUACAUUCUCUUACUGUUCUUACUUCCAGGAUUUUCUCAUGCUUUAGCUUUUUGUUCAUUCUCCAUUUGCAUCUUGUGUCGCUAUUACCUUUGAGCUAUUUCUUUCUCUCAAGCUGUUUUCCCACUCUCUUUUCAUUGGAUUUUCUGACUUUGUUCUCAAAUAAGGCUACGUACUCUGUUUCUUGCUUCUUUUUUUCCCCCAUUUCGUUUCUUCUUUGGGUUUUGGUGCAUUUUAGAUUCCAUUUUGACAUUCUGGGUAUUGGGUUUCUUUGAUUUUUCGUCGCCCUUUCUCCUAGCACUGGGGUUGCGUUUUGGUUACUGUAUUUCCCCUGUUUUUCUUCUGGUCACGUAGAUUUGGACCUGACUGAGGGAGUAACAGCGCCAUCUUAUGGCGCUGUUUAGAAAAUUAUUCUACCGGAAGCCUCCAGAUCGGCUUCUCGAGAUCGCGGAGAGAGUGUACGUGUUUGAUUGUUGCUUCUCUACCGAGGCCUUGGAGGAGGAUGAGUACAAAGUUUACUUGGCUAGCAUUAUACCAAAGCUGCAAGACCACUUUCCUGACGCAUCUUUCAUGGUGUUUAACUUUAGCGAACGAAAGAGGAAGACUAAAACUUCGGACAUACUGUCUCAAUAUGGUAUGACAGUGAUGGAGUAUCCUCUUCAAUAUGAAGGGUGUUCCCUACUGCCAUUGGAGAUGAUCCACCACUUCAUUCGGUCGAGUGAAAGCUGGUUGUCAUUGGAGAGACAGAAAAAUGUACUGUUGAUGAACUGUGAACGAGGAGGAUGGCCAAUCCUUGCUUUCAUGCUUUCAGGUCUUUUAUUGUACCGUAAACAAUAUGAGGGGGAGCAGAAGACCCUUGAAAUGGUCUACAGGCAAGCUCCUAGAGAACUUUUCCAUGUUCUUUCUCCUGUAAACUCACAACCUUCUCAAAUGAGAUACCUUCAGUAUAUUUCUAGGAGAAAUCUAGGUUCUGAUUGGCCUCCACCUGAUACACCCCUAAUUUUAGACUGUCUGAUACUUCGAGAGCUUCCUAUGCUUGAUGGAGGAAAUGGGUGGAGGCCUAUCAUACGCAUUUACGGUCAGGACCCAUUAACACCACGAAAUAGAAAUCCAAAGCUUGUUUUUUCGAGUGCAAAGAUGGAAAGACAUGGUUGCCAGUAUCUACAGGCAGCAAGCAGACUGGUAAAAGUGGAUGUCCGUUGUCAUGUUCAAGGUGACGUUGUUCUUGAAUGCAUCCGUUUAGAUGGAGAUCUAAUGCACGAGGAAGUGAUGUUUAGAAUUAUGUUUCACACAGCGUUUGUACAUUCAAACAGUUUGAAGCUCAAUCGUGAUGACGUUGAUGUUUUAUGGGAUGCCAAGGACCAGUUUCCUAAAGAUUUUAGAGCAGAGGUACUUUUUCUGGAUGCUGAUCAUGUUGUGCCAAACAACUCUACAGCGACAAGAAGUGAUGAUAAAAUUGAGAUUGAAAGCAAUUCGACUGAGGAGUUUUUUGAAGUGGAAGAACUAUUUAGCAAUAUUGUGGACGUGCAGGAAGUUAAGAAGGAUUAUGAUGUUCAAAUGGUACAUGCUAACGGAACAGAUUAUAUUGACAAUCAAUCAGCUUGGAAGGAGGAUGCAGAUCCUCCUACAUUCCAACGCUGUAAAUCAUUUGGAGGGAGUCAAAACUUGGACAAGAGGAUGGAUUGUAACGUUGAAGCAGUGAAGGACAUUACUGUUGAUGAUGUAACUUUCAAGACAGCUGAAAAAGUGGACUCUGGUCUUCAAGUGGUGAAGGACAUUGUUGUGGAUUACGGAGAUAAGAAGCCAAAUCCUCUGCUAUUUUCUGUUAAUGUACUGAGACGUAUGGCAAUCAAGGAACUGAUAGAUAAUGCUUAUGACAAGUUGGAAGGGGUGCAGCAUAAAGCGUAUGGAGAAGAUACUGCCAUUCGACACUUUGAAUCAAAGGUUCCUUCGAAAAAGUUGGAAGCUGAUGCAUGGAGGCUUAAAUAUGAGAAGUUGCAAUCAACAUCAAGGAAACAUCUGUCAUCAACAGUUAAGCCAAUGAAUCAUACAAUUUUAGCUAAACAGAAAACCAAACAGCCAGAAGAUCUGGACUUUCUUGUAAAACAGGCCAAACCAUAUACUCUUUCUAGAUGGACGCCACAUGACAAAGAAUCUUACACGAACUCCAUGGAUUUGUUUUAUCCACCAUCAAUGCAUACUGGUGCCUCAGCAACAUCUAUUAGUUCUCCUACUAAAGAUUCUUAUUCAUAUUCAUCUUCAAAAUCUGCUUCUGCUUCUGCUACUUCAGGACUGCUGCUGUCUGAUACAGCUGAUGAACAAAAAAGUAACAAGGUGAGUCCUACAAAACCUUUAUGUUUUGCAACAGAGAUUCUCACGAGUAAAUCACAAUCACCACUUGACUCCUCAAGACCAUUGCCAAACGCUGUUCUGCAUCAAGAUCCUACUCGUCCUCUAUCUCCUACUACACUUCCACAGACACCAACUCGUCAGGCUAACACAUCUUUCUUGCAUGCAUCAUCUCCUAAAUCUUCUUUGUCACCUUCUUCAUAUUUUCACAAAAAUGUAAGAUCUCCUCCUCCAGCUCCACCUCCACCACCACCACCUCCACCACCUUCUCCACCUUCCAAUCACAUUGCACCUAAAAGCUCAGCAGUGGUGUGUGGAAAUAUACCUAAGCAUAGCGCUCCACCAGCACCACCUCCACCUCCCAUACGUAGAGCUCAAGCACAAUUACCUCCCCCACGACCACCCCCUUCACAUGGAGCUCUGCUUUCUCCACACCUAUCAAAUGCUACAGCUUUGCCACCACCCCCUCCACCACCUCCUCCAAUUCAGAGGACAGCUCCUCCACAUUCAACCCAGGGGCAACAGGCUUUAAAAUCUGCAACAGCCUGUGUAGUCUCAUCUUCCUUGCCAUCUCCAAUUUGUGAAGCACCAUCACCUCCUCAACCUACAAGUGGUCCCCUUCCACUGGUUCCUUCUUCUUCCCAACCUUCAGGAGGUAUGAGUCCACACCCGGGAGCUAAAGGAGUAAGUUCUUCAACCGAUGCGAAAACAUUAUCUAUGGUGAGGGGACGUGGGUUCUUGCGGUCAAUUGGCAUGGGGGUGGCUACUACAGGGCCUCAACGAUCAUCAUUGAAACCUCUGCAUUGGAGCAAGGUAACUCGGGUACUAAAAGGGAGCUUGUGGGAAGAAUUGCAAAGAUGCGGAGAUUCUGAAAGUGCACCAGAAUUUGAUGUAUCUGAGCUGGAGACACUUUUCUCUGUGAUUGUCCCUAAGCCUAUUGUUGAUUCCGGAGGUAAAUCUGGAGGAAGAAGGAAAUCAGUUGGUUCAAAAUUGGACAAAGUUCACUUGAUUGAUCUUAGGAGGGCAAAUAACACUGAAAUCAUGCUAACAAAAGUUAGGAUGCCUCUAUCUGACAUGAUGGCAGCAGUACUCUCCAUGGAUGAGUCAGUAUUAGAUGUAGAUCAAGUGGAAAAUCUUAUCAAAUUUUGCCCCACCAAAGAGGAGAUGGAGCUUCUCAAGGGAUACUCUGGCGACAAGGAUAAACUUGGCAAGUGCGAACAGUACUUUUUGGAGAUGAUGCAAGUUCCUCGUGUGGAGUCAAAGUUAAGAGUGUUUUCUUUCAAGAUUCACUUCAGCUCUCAGAUAGUGGAGUUCAAAAAAUGCCUAAACACUGUAAAUUCUGUCUGUCAAGAGGUGAAGAAUUCUUGCAAAUUGAAGGAGAUAUUGAAGAGAAUUCUUUGCCUGGGAAAUAUGCUGAACCAAGGAACUGCCAGGGGUUCUGCAAUUGGAUUCAGGUUGGAUAGUCUCUCAAAACUUACUGACACACGUGCUUCUAACAAUAAGUUGACUCUAAUGCAUUAUCUGUGUAAGGUCCUUGCUUCGAAGUCACCAUCACUUCUUGAUUUUCAUCUGGACCUUGGUAGCUUAGAAGCUGCGUCUAAGAUACAAUUGAAAUCUUUGGCAGAAGAGAUGCAAGCAAUAACAAAAGGAUUGGAAAAGGUGAAGCAGGAACUGGUUGCAUCUGAAAACGAUGGCCCCAUCUCUGAAACUUUUCAUCAGAUAUUGAAAGGAUUUGUUACUCAUGCUGAGAUGGAGGUGGAAUCUGUGACUGUUCUUUACUCAGUGGCGGGUAGAAAUGCUGAUGCACUUGCACUAUAUUUUGGCGAGGAUCCUGCCCGUUGUCCAUUUGAACAAGUUACAGGAACCCUCUUCCAUUUUACAAGGUCUUUUCUGAAAGCACAUGAAGAGAAUUGCAAGCAAUUAGAAAUGGAGAUGAGAAAGCUGAGAAAAUAGGGGAAAUUUGGAAAACGCCACGAGCACCAUCAAGCUGGUGAAGAAGCUUGUGAGAGGUGAAGUUCAAUCCGGGGGUUGCAAUGGACGAUAUGGUGCCCGAGCAUGUCAGAAAGAUCCUUUCUUUACCUCACCAGAAAUCUAACAAGAAUGAUACAAAACUGAGUUUGGAGCUGGCAGAAACUUUAGCCUCCCAUAAGGUUUAAUCUACGACCUGGAUCAUACCAUGCUGUGCCAAAACACUAAUGAACUAAAUUAUGACUCUGAAUUUCCUCCAAAUGAACAAAAAUUUACUCAAUCUUCAUAAUGUAGAACCAAGAAGGCAAAAGGUUCUACAGACUUACCUUUUGCAGAUUCUGGAAAAAACUGUGGGAGAAUUCUCCUAAACUAGAAGUAAAAAACUGGAGCAGGCUGUUUGCCAGUAGCCUACUUUGAAGAAUAUUUCAUGUAGAAUUUGAUGAGCCAUUCAAGUAGAGAAUUUGAUUUCAGCUUCUACAGUGUAAUUUUAAUCGCUUCACAACAGAGCAGCGUCUAAGAACCAUUCAGACUUUCAGCCGUAGUGAUCCUACAUUCACCAGCCAUGGCUACCAUCUGUACAAAGCCCUCUCUUCCUGUUCAUAUAUUUUAUGUCUUUAACCAAUUCUGUAACAAUAUCUGAAUUUCUGUCCUCAGAGAUGUUGUAUAGUUCUUUAAAUAAGAUUUUAGAAAUCAGCCACAGACUAACUUCUGUGACUAACAUAAAAUACCAUUUUGCUUGUUAGACAUUAUUCUUAGUUCUUGUUAGAAUGAGUACAUGCCAAUUACUA